AUGAUUUCUUGCUCCUUGGAAGCAAUCAAUAAUAUCCCCUGCCUCCUCCUUACACUCGCAACCAUCCUUACGGUCACCUUACUCAUCCGAAACAAGCAGCAGAGGUCGAAACCCGCCGCCGGCCUAAACCUGCCGCCGGGGCCAUGGCAGCUCCCCAUCAUCGGAAACAUCCACCAGCUAAUCGGCCACCGGCAACCCCACCGCCGGCUCAGAUCGCUAGCCCACAAAUACGGCCCCGACGUGAUGAGCCUCCAGCUCGGGGAGCUCUCGUACAUCGUAAUCUCGACCCCUGAAGCAGCGCAACAAGUGAUGAAAACCCACGACUUGGAAUUCGCUUCCAGGCCUUCUCUGCUGGCACCCAAUGUGCUCUUCAACGGCUGCAAGGACAUAGCUUUCGCGCCCUACGGAGAGUACUGGAGACAGAUGCGCAAGAUCGGAGUCCUCGAGCUCUUCAGCGGGAAGCGGGUUCAAUCCUUCCGCCGCGUAAGGGAAGAAGAGGUGUCGAAUCUCGUCGAUUCGAUUGCUCUGCUGGCGGAAACAGGGGAGGCCGUUGAUCUCACCUCGAUGAUGUCUGCGGUGACGAGCGCGGUGACCUCGAGGGCCGCGUUCGGCAAGGCGCCGGAGCUCAGCGAUGCAUUCAUGAUGGUUGUCGAUCAUAUAUCGGAUGUGAUUGCGGGUUUCAAGAUCUCCGAUCUCUAUCCUUCGUUCGAAUCGCUCCCUGUUCUGACUGGGUACAGAGCAAGGCUGGAUAGGAUGCGCGAGGCGUCGCAUUCGAUACUGGAUCGGAUAAUCGACGAGCAUAAAUCGAGGAGGAGAAGGGCGGGAUUGAUCGAAGAGGAUAUGGUUGAUGUGCUUCUGAAUCAUCAAGAAAAUCAGGAUCUUGGGAUACCCAUUACCGAUGAGGUCAUUAAAGGAGUCACUCUAGUAAGUAUGCUGAUUUUUUGUUUUGUUCUUGAACUGUUUCUGGCGGGCAUCGACACGUCGACCACAGCGUUUGAGUGGAUCAUGUCCGAAAUGAUAGUAAACCCUACAGUGCUGAAAAGAGCACAGGAGGAGGUCAGACAGGUAUUUGCUGAUGGCAGUGUCGACGAAGCGGGGCUUCGUCAAUUGAAGUACUUGGAUAUGGUUAUCUCGGAAGGUUUGAGACUGCACCCUCCGGUCCCUCUGCUUCUUCCAAGGGAGAACGCAGAGAAGGCGACACUCGAUGCAUACGACAUCCCGAUCAACACCAAAGUCAUUGUGAAUGCCUGGACAAUCAAUCGAGAUUCUCGAUAUUGGACCGAGCCGGAGAAGUUCUACCCCGAGAGGUUCAUGGACGGUUCCGUUGACUAUAGAGGAACUCACUUUCAGUUCAUACCGUUUGGUGCUGGAAGGAGGAUGUGUCCAGGAAUGUCCUUUUCGCUCGCGAUUGUCAAGCUCACUCUCGCGAGUUUACUGUUUCAUUUUCGUUGGAGGGUUCCAACCGAAAUGACACGAGAAGGUCUCGACAUGACUGAAUGCUUUGGGGCGGCGUUGAGAAGGAAAAAUGCUCUUCGUUUGAUACCGGUGCUGUUUGAUGACAUCGCUUGA